AUGGGCUGUUCUGCUUCAAGACCAAAUACCUUCCUCACGAAGCACCACCAUCCUGAAGAAACCUUAUCUUAUGUUUCUCCUUCUAAAGAUGACUCCAUGUUUUCUCCACAACAUUCUUCACCAUCCGUCACUAGAGCUCUCUCUCUUCAAACCCCAUUAGUCCACCACCCACCUUCAAGAAAAGGUGACUCUCAUCACCUUGUGUCUCUAAUUUCCUCCACUUAUGGCUCUCUUGUCCUCAUUGACCCCAAAAUGAACACCCAUGAGUCCUUUGAUCAGCCACAGUCACCAAGAAAAUCUACCAAGAAGAUACAUAAAACACAAAAUAAUCAAGACCCUUGUGAGUCUUUAUCCCCUGACUCUGUCAUUAACACUUGGGAGCUCAUGGAUGGUCUCGAUGAGGACGGUGGCUUUGAUUUUGAAAUUAAUAACUCUUUUAAGCCAAGAUCAUCACUUUCUGAUCAUUCUAUUGAGUUUGUCUCCAAAGCCAAAUCUUUUCAUCAUCUGGGUUCUGAUAGGUGUGUCAAAAAGCUGCAUGAUUCUUUUGAUUCAGUGAAGUUUGAAGAAAUAGUUGCUGAAAAGCCAGUUUCAAUGUCAAAGCCAUUAUGGAAGCUUUUGUCUGAGGAAUCAUUGCUUUCAAAGAUGGAUCCUAAUGUGGCUUCAAGUUAUAUGCGUGCAUUAUCAUCAAGGCAAUUGGGCUGUAACAAAGAGUCCAAGGAUGCAACACCAGUGAAUUCUAGUCCCAUGAGUGGUACCUUAUCAAGCAAAAAAGGGAAUUUUUUAAAUGAUAAAGAAGGCAAAAUUGUUCUGUAUUUUACAAGUUUGAGAGGAAUAAGAAAGACAUUUGAGGAUUGUUGUGCGGUGAGAAUGAUAUUCAGAGGUUUCAGAGUUGCAGUUGAGGAAAGAGAUAUUUCAAUGGAUUAUACAUAUAGAAAAGAGCUGCAAAGUUUGCUAAAAGGGAAAGUAAUGAGCUUGCCACAAGUUUUUAUUAGAGGAAAUCAUAUUGGUGGGGUGGAGGAAAUCAGGCAGCUAAAUGAGACUGGUGAAUUGGCAAAGUUUUUUGAAGGUUUUCCCGUUCAAGAUCCUAGGUUGGUUUGUCAGACUUGUGGAGAUGCAAGGUUUGUGCCAUGUCCAAAUUGUAAUGGAAGUAAGAAAGUGUUUGAUGAAGAAGAAGAGCAACUGAGAAGGUGCCCAGAAUGCAACGAGAAUGGUUUGAUCCGUUGCCCUGGUUGCUGCACAUAG